CACAAUUUUAAAUCCUUGCAAAGCAUCAUCAUCAAUCAACAAUUUAUUUCUGAAAUUUUAGCUUUUUCCCCAGAUUCCACUAAAGCUUAAAUACCUAUGCAGUACCUCAGUACGCGAGCUCUAUCAUCAAAUCAGACCAUCCUCACAAAACUGCCCCUCACCCCUCACUCUCAUCCAUAAUUUCCAGUUCUAAUCUAUCCCCCUCUAAAACACACACCAUAACCAACCCACCAAAAUGUCCCUCCUCCCUCGAACCUCCCGCAUCCUCCACACUCUCCCACGCCCACGCCCACGCCCACAAUGCCCCCGCCUCACCCCAAUACGCAUACCUCUCCGGUCUCUAACCAACAAACCGCCCACCCCGCACCUCGACGCCAUCUCCCUGCACCGCCUCGAAGCCACCCAGCGCGCCCACCACAAACGUCGCACCAUGUAUUCCGCAGCCGGUUUCCUCAUCGGCAUGAUCUGCAUCUGGGUAACCGCAACCUCAAUCGACAUCAAGCCCGCCAAACUCGACAGUUCACGAGCCUACGACAGCCUCAGCAGCGCCACCGAAGUAAUCAUCCAAAAACCGCUUGAUUCAACACCACCGCCGUCCUCCGAACCGCACGAACUCAUCCCCACAGGAACAAACAGCAUCCCCAGCUUCCCAAAACACAUCCAGCACUCCCCCACCCCCAACUCCCCACCAGAAACCUACCAGCUCCUCGGUCUGGGUAUCCGCACCGUCUCAUUCCUCCACAUCCAGGUCUACGUCGUCGGACUCUACAUCGCGCAGUCCUCGAUCCCGCUCCUCCAAGCCACGCUAUUAAAAACCGCCGCUCCGGGCGGCGCAUCCACGCUCGUCUCUGGGGAAAAAGACACCUUAAAAACGCUCCUCAUGCACGAAACACACAGCGAAGAAAUCUGGACCGAGAUCUUAAAGAACUCCGGUGUAAAAACAAUUAUCCGUAUCGUACCUACGCGAAAUACAGAUUUUCACCAUUUGAGAGAUGCAUGGGUGCGGAGCUUAACGGCGCGCGCGCAGAAGAAUAGAGAGGAAUUUGGUGAUGAGGGGUUUGGGAGGAGCAUGGUGGAGUUCAAGACGUUGUUUAAUAGGGGAGUGCCGAAGGGAGGGAAUUGUUACUCAAUAGGGAUGAGAAGGGCUGUCUGAAUGUGUGGUAUGAGGAUGGGAAGACUGGGGGUGGGGGUGGGAGUGGAAGUGGGAGUGGAAGCGGGAGUGG